UAACUAACAAAACAGGUUUAGUUACACACGGAAAGUGGGUCAACGCGCGCGUUACCCGUAGUGGCAACUGCGUAGUGAACGUAGAGUUAAUUGAUGACAUUUCUAGAAUAAACAGUCGUAAUGCUUCAAUUGCCGACGAUACAAACACCUCCCAUGUUUGGGGACGAUACACUGCUCCGCUCAAUCGAUUGGUUGGGCGGCUUCCCUUGGAAGCAAGAGAACGUCGUCAAAAAGGAGGAUGAUAAGUACGAAUUAGUAAUACAGGUGAAGGACUAUGCCCCCGAGGAAAUAUCGGUGAAAACAGCUGACGGGUUCGUAGUCGUUGAGGGCAAGCAUGAGGAAAAGCAAGAUAAUUAUGGUUAUAUCGCUCGGCAGUUCAUGAGGAGGUUCCAAGUGCCUGAGGGGUGUCGUAUUGAGGGAGUUCAGUCUAGGUUGACAGCUGAUGGCUUGCUUAUCAUUUCCGUUCCUAGAGUACCAGUGGUCAAGAAAGAUACUGUGAUAGCCGUCAAACAUGAAGGAUCUACCAAAAGUAAAUUGUGAUCAAUUUAAAAACAAACAUGGUGAAUUGUUUUUUUCCUGUAUGAUAGGUAUUUCAUAAUCAACAUUGUAUUUUUUUCUGUUGGUUACGGUUAAAAGAGUGAUAUUGUACCUAAGUAAACCAAGUUAUAAUAUGCUAUAUUUAUAAGAAUUUUUGUGAUAUUAAAAUUUACUGCCAAUA